AUGUGGGGGUCUGUGGCAGUUGUCUGGGCCGUCUGUCUGGCGUGCAUUCAGCCUGCGGUGUUCCCAUGGAUCCUCCCCUUCAGGUCAAACAAGGACAGGCCUCACCCAGCACGUGGAGCUCUGACAGAGAAGGUCGAGUGCUUCUCAGACUACAUGACCCUGCAGAUCUCGAGGAGCCACGUGCCGGGUUUGAGGCAGUGGCUGGCUGGGGUCCUUCGCCUGCGGGGCACCAAGAGGUCCCCCAAACACCUGGAUUCUCUUCUUCCCAAAUGUGGUUACCUUUUGCAUCCUGCUCAUGAGGGAGGCUACAUCUUCCGUGCACUGUACUCUGGCUGCUUUGUACAGAAAGAGAAAGCAAAUUACAGGUUGGAAAUCAGAAUGUUUCGAAGAGGGGCGAAAAGGUUGAAGGAGAGCGAUCGCUUCGUAAUGAAGUGUCCCAUGAUUGUGGCAAGGUUGGGUGAGCAGAGCGUCUCCUGCCAUCCCUCAUUCAUUCAGGUCUCUAGGCCCUGGCCUCCGAGGAGCGAUGGUGGACAGAGGCCGUGGCUGCUGUCCCUUCGAGGGGAGCUGGUGGCUUCUCUGGAGGACGCUAGCUUGAUAGGAUUAGAGGUGGAUAUUGGCGCCACCAUGGUCACCAUCCAAAGCCCAAGACAAGAAUUUCUUCAGAGGCUGGAGGUGUGGAACACCUCCCUGGAGCUCCUGCCAUUGUGGCUGGUGAGCGGUUCCUAUGCCUACUCCUUCGAGGCCGCGUGCCCACUGGUGUCUUCCCAGCCAGGGUCAGAGAUCUCAGUUCACAUCCCCAAGCAGAGACUGGGUCUGGUCAAAAGAGGCUCCCUCGUUGAAGAGUCUCUGAGUCCCAGAUUCCUUCAGGUGCAGCAGUCUGACACCUUCACGGUGGCCGAGGACAGGGACUUUGUGGUUGUCAGCAUGCCAGCAACACUGCUGCUUCAGGACCAGCUGUGCCAAGAGGUCAGAGAAUCCCCAGGGACACAAGCUUUCUACAGGGUGGACCUGAGCCUGGACUUCGCAGAGAUGGACUCUCCAGUGCACUGGACCGUGGAGAACUUUUUCCAGUGUACCGGUUCCUGUGGCACUGAUAUUGAUUUUGAAAGGGAGGGUCGGAACUCGACCCGGCCAGUUAGGCGGUAA